ACACGCUGUAUAUGAAAAUAGUUGUUUUGUUCUGUUGGAAAAUUUGAGCAAGUCUCGAGUGUUCAACAGGGAUACUAUUCGUUACCUUGGUAAUUGAUGGUAAUCGCGUGGAAUUGUGUAAUCGUCCGCGGCAAUUUCUUCAAUUUGCUUGUACUAUAACGAAAGUGCAUCGUAAUGUCUUCGAGGACGCGUGACAAAAAUUUCUGCUCCGUUCGUGUCUGUAUAUUUACCGUGAACGGUGCACGAUGUGCAAAUAACGUUAAAAAUUCCUUCUGGCUUCUUGAGAAACGCGUUAAGAUAACAAGCCUUCCACGAUGAAAGUAAAGAAAAGAAAACAGUAACGAAAGGAGGAAAAAUUUUCUCCAAUUCUUUCGAAUGAAAUAUCUACGACGUAUUUGUGAUACAUUCUCUUCAAUUUCAUACACCGUCAAGUCUAUUUGCAUAAAUUAUUCGCUGCUUUGUCAUUUAAAUUCCUUAGUUUAUCAGCAAACUUUGCCAUUUUAUCAGUUAUCUAUACUCUUCUUGCUGAAAUUUUUACUUGUUGUUGAGAAACGAGGAAAAAAAGAACGUCAAGUGAACUUUGAUAACUGAAGAAAUCGAAAGACGAGCACUGUUGACGGGGAUAUCGCGCGAUUAAUGCGAUGCACUUGAAUAUUCAUUUCGUAACGAAGCGCGAGUCGGAAUUAUUUCAUCAGACUUCUUUAUUCAACUUUUUCAAUUAAAUUCGCAUAGUUCAAUGCGAAUUUCGAUGAAUAUUAAUCGGUGCAAAGGUUGUAGACGAAAUGUACAACUGCGAGCAUCGAUGGUUUCUUCUAGCUAAAGAUCCCCCACCACUCGUUCGGUCUCGGCAUAGUUCGGCUUGCGUCGGCGAUUCGGCCACGCCUCCCGUCGAGCGAGUAGCGAGAAAAAACAUCCCAAAGGGUUCUCCCUUUUAAUUAAAACAAAAUUAUCUAUGCACGCGAUUGUACGAAGAUGCUCACGGAGGUGGUCGUCGUGGAAAGUAAAAGGAGGCCAGGCUUGUGUUCACGAGCAAACCGUGAAAAUACAUCAUAACAAAAGCCCGCAAUAGAGUAAUUGCCAGAUGAAAACAGGUGUCAUCGUUCAAAUGGCAGAAAGACAAAUAGAGAAGAAUUUCUUGAAAAGUUACGACAUGGCUUGAAAUCUUAUGGAACGAGGUUAUUCUUUCUGUUUCCUUCAACACGGAAAUCGAUUACGAAAGAGUAAAACACUGAUGUUAUAUUGAUAUUCAGCGCACCUUCGUUGACAAGUACACCUGACUCAGAGUCAGCGACGGAUGCUGCACAAAUAAAGGUCGCGAUAAAGAUCUGAAUCAGAAAUUCUGAUGACGACUUUCAAACGCGAAUUGCUUCAAUGCGUGGGCAACAAACGAGCACGUGAUCAUUGUUCUGGCUAUAUACGGAGCGGUGUUUGAGUCACAUUUCGUUCCUUCCUUCCUUUUCACCUUGCUAUUCAAGGAAUUUUAUUACAUUAAAUAGUUAACUUAAUUAAAUUCGCUAUCUUAUCAUCGUCCAGCAGUUCGAUGGCGAUCGAUCGCUUAUGACGAAGGAACGGAUAUCUCUUUCGCGGAAGGACAGCGCCCUUUCCUUGCUUCCGAUUAAUGGGUGGAUCUGGGUCAAGAAUAAUUGAACGAACGGGCGCCUCGUAAACAGGCGUAUCAAGUGGUUUUCUAUUUCCCUUUUCCCUUUUUUUACCCGCUGUUUACCACACGUGGUCCGCCUAAAUUUAACACGAACCCGAGUCCGAUGCAAUUCGACUCGCCUUCGACCCGCGACAUUAACAUCGCGCCUUUUUCGUCUUUCCUCGUUUCUUCGAUUCUAAUCGUUUAGAAUCGUCAAUUACCACGGACUUUUUAAUCCAUGAAAACAGAAUAAUUGAAUGAAACUUGAAACUUCUCGCCGACGAGGGUCAAAUCGAGCCACGCGCGGACUUCGAUCGAAAUCAACACGGAUGAUCCUUGAUUCCGUCAUCAGGAUCGUAAAGCUUAAAAAAAGAAAUGACGGACGGUAACUCUGUCACGCGAGUCGUGCGAAUUCAGCAAACAGUUGCAGAAUAAAAUUUCGCACGCAACAAGCUAUAAACGGCGAUGACACAGAAUUAGGUCAGCUUAGGUAAAUCGACGGAUCGGUGUCAAAGGGGAAAAGUCGUGGAAAACUUUCGAUCGCAAACACACACCGAUUCGAUGUUUAUCGUUCAAAGUUAGUUCCGGAUGAUUCGAAUGCAUGCGAGUACUCGCAAUACGCUUUGUCGGUUUGCUCGCCGCGUUCUUUGCGGAAUAAAAAACGCGUUGCGUCAGCAAGAGAUCAGGCUUGACCUCGAGAGGUUGUUUUCCACGAGAUGGAAUUUUCUCGCGAUUCACAGAGAAUUCUAAUAACAGAUGCUAUAGUAUCUUUCUCCUAACUCGUAAUUACCAAUUUCAUUUUACUUCACCGCGAAAGGGUUACCCUUUCCCAUAUUCCCCGAAAUAAAAAUUCGCAGGGUAAGAACGAUCUACGAAGAAACAUCUCUCGAUAUAUCCAUUGUUCGAACGACGAAUCAAUGGGAGAAUCGAUUCCGUGCUGGUAGGUCGUGUCCUGUGUGCCAGUUAAUGCUCGAAUAAAUCACGGAUCGGUAGGUUCUAACGCGACCGGUGGCCAAUGUCAACCGACUGGUUCUUCAUAGGCGCGUUUCCUUUUUGCACGAGGUGAACCAGAGAAAUCGCGGCAACGGAGAUGCGUUUCCUUAUGGGGCUGAAAGAACCUCGUGACUCGCCAUCGCCGUCACGGUCACGCGUAUCAAACCAUCUCAUGGUGAUCUUCUUUCCUCCCCAUUGAUCCUAAUCGUUUCUAUUCAAAACAUGCCUGAUCUAUUGCUGGUGAAAUUUAUUUGUCAAACCAAGUACUAUUCUUCCAUCAGAAAAAUAAAAAAUAAAAAUUCUUCGAUAGAAAAAUAUCUUGGGAAGAAAUGAAUAUGCAUACUGUUCUUCCAUAUUAAAAGCUUACGUGUUCGAUUGUGUAAUACGAUUUAAUGUAACUUUUACCUCACCUCUCUUCGCGUCAUUUCCUUUCAACAGCUAAUGCUAGAAACACGCGAUGAUCGGUCUCUAUUUUUAUUCCAUUAGCCAUGUUCCACCUUUCUUCUUCGAAGAAAAAUUUAAGGUUCUUGGAUCCCUAGUCGAAGCAGAGGGUUUUCCUCCGGAUACGAGUGACUGGAAGAAUAAUAAACGCCGAAAGGAAGGAUGCAGCUGACAUCGUGUUGCAGGUGUUACUCGCUGAAGGUGGGCACAUUGUUCACUGGAAUAUGCGGCAUAAUCCUCUCGAUCAUCUCACUAGUCCUUAUCUUCACAUUGAACGUAGAAUGGAAGACGAUACUGAUCGACGUGUUGGACAAGAACAUCGUCAGAAUCAUUUUCGCGAUAAACUUAUGCAUGACGAUCCUGAUCUCAACGUUACUCAUAGUAGGGGUUCUUAAGAAAAAUACGUUUAUGAUGAUACCAUGGGUGGUCCUAGGUAUAAUCUUAGCAGUUGGCCUAUUGGUCAGCGUUCUGUACACGUCCAUCAUGUUCUUCGUGAAUCAUGAAGUAAUAAACGGCGUCCUAUGGCUCGUCCUUGGUCUCGUUGCUGUCGUGGUCUAUACGUACCUGUGGCUAGUCGUCUACAGCUACUUCCAGCAACUCAGAUACGACAAAGUGAACAGCAGGAUGGGUCCUUAUGGAAGACCGUACAGCUACCGAAGACCUUGAAGAACGCCGAAAUGAAUCGAUGACCUCACGAGGAAAGAACGACCGAGAGGUUUCACCUCUGCAGAGGAAUUAGACUGUUCUCCAGAAGACACGCGUAGGAUGAUAAAUAUUUAGCCAAUAGGCAGGGUAGCAAUACUAUCUUGAAGUUAGAAUGGAAGUUAUUUCUGAUGGUACACCGAUCCGGAACGAGCUUUAAACACUCAAGUGGCUGACGCCUACGCGCGAAACAGUUUAAUUACUUUUUCGAGAUGAAUCGCUCCGGGGUUCGAUCAACGUAAUCAAGCACCAAAGCACGUGGCAGCACCUUUAAACGAUUAAUCAUGUUCUGUAAUAGCAUUUAACAAGAGCGAGAAAUUUCAUACUUGUAGAAUUUAGAAUGUUUAUCAUCGUUUUACGAAUAUGAAGUUAAUUAUUGUAAGCCGAUCUACACUGCCGUGACCGAUAUCGAAAAGGUAACGCUGAUCUACGGAUGGUACGAGAAUAGAUACCAUUUUCAAGGAUACACGAAAACGUAGAGCGUACGCAAAAAUAUACGCGUUGCCUCAUCAUACGGAGAAACAGUCUCUCCCACGCAAGGUUAACGACUGAUUUUAUUUAUUUUAACGACCCUCGUCUUCUGACUAUUGUUACACGCGACGCGAAAUAAAUUAUUAUUGUUUGUAA